UCAUCUGAAACGUUUCCCGACAGACGUCAUUUUUCGCUAAACUUGGCUGAUCAUUAUCCAUCAUCGCACCUGUCAAUCUAGAAGAAAUCAUUUCAUCUGUGUAUUUCAGUGAUUGUCCAGACAUCACAGGGAUCGUCUGUAUAACUGACCGCCUGGCCUACCUGUACGGUCCACUUACUCAGGAGUGAAUGAUGCCCCGUGAGCUCAAAACCAGGGUGGGGAUCAUCGGGUCAGGAAAUUUUUCCCGCGCCCUCGCCAAAAGACUGACAAACGCGGGUUAUGAAGUGGUCAUCGGAAGCCGACGUCCGCGCAAUCUAUCGGAAGUGGACAAUUGUCUUUGCAAUGUCAUGAUGACGUCACUAGAAGACUGUGUCAAGCAGGUGUCCAUAGUGUUUUUGGCGAUUCAUUUUGAAAACUAUAAAGAUUGUUUGUCAGACCAUAGAGACCUUUUUACUGGAAAAAUAGUUGUGGAUGUUUCUAACAGACUAAAACUUCCGAAGCACCGAUCCAAUGCGGAAUAUCUUAGUUCCCUUUUACCCAAUGCUAAUGUUGUCAAAGGCUUCAAUGUCAUAUCAGCAUACGCCAUGGAAAAUGAGUUCGCGGGUGGAAGCCAAGAAGUCUUUAUAGCAGGCGAUGAUUUAGCAGCGCGGGAGAAAGUGUGCGUUGUUGCGAGAGACAUGGGAUUUGUGGCAAGUGAUUGGGGCCUCUUGCAAUCAGCCCGACGUAUCGAAUCGUAUCCUUUGAAAAUUUUCCCUGGAUGGAAAACGCCUAUUCUUUUCACCGUAGGAGUUUUCAUUGUGUGGUUUCUAUAUAUCAUUUUCAUUUACUUCGUCAAGAAAACCGCGUAUCGAUGGGACCAGAUCUUUGUGAAAGUUCUGAACAAACCGCUCUGUAUGACUGCGAUGACUGUGUAUGCGUGCACAUAUCUACCAAGCUCUUUUGCAAGUGCCUUUCAGCUAUAUCAUGGUACAAAACACAUCAACUUCCCAAGCUGGUUAAAUAGAUGGCUUUUGACAAGAAAACAGCUCGGUCUUAUAGCCUUUCUGCUUGUUUGUAUCCAUGUCAUCAUGUCAGUUUUGAUUAUGAGCCCCACAUAUCUAAGUUCCUGGUUUCAGUCCACGACGAUCGUCAUUCCAGGAAAUCGAACGAAUGACAUCAAAAUACCCAUCAAAACCUGGAUGGUCUGGAAGGGUGAAGCUGCGUGUUUAGUGGGGAUUCUAGCCUUUGUUGGAAUGUGUAUCAUUGCUAUAUCAACAUUACCCUCCGUCACAAGAACUCUGAACUGGAGGGAAUGGAGAUUUGUCCAAUCAAAGCUUGGUCACGUGGUUCUUUUCCUUUCCAUUUGUCACGUGGUCAUCAUGGGUGCUCCCGGUUGGGCGAAAGGCGGGCUUUGCAAAACGCUGCAAUCUAUAACAUUUCUGAGUUUGAUUAUUCCAUUCUUCACACUUUUCUUCAAGAUUGUUUUCUCACUUCCUUGUAUUGACAAAUACGUACAGAAGAUACGUCGAGGUUGGGAGGCUUCAUAUUCAAGAUGUCGGGCUAAGUGCUCACAAAAACAUGCCACGUUUGGCAAAGUGUAUUCAAAGCCCGUGGACCAGGACAAUAUUUCCGAGGAGGAUAUGAUAAUAGCAUCACAGGAGGAACAUUUAAGCUGCGCAUGUCACGAUACCUCUGUAGUGUAGGAGAAAAAUAAAACUGUUUUGUGAUAUACAUAGACUAUAUCUGUGUUAAGAUAUACAUUGUACGUGUAUAUUAUUUCUAUACUUGUAUUUUUUUUUAUUAUUUAUUUUUCAUUGCGAAAGUAAAAUGUUGAAUUAGAAUUUCAGGAAAUAAAAAAUCAUGAAGGUUA